GGUGACGGACGGGUCCAUCCCGCAACUUUUAGCGUCGCCGCCGUCGCUUUCCACUUAUCCAUCACUGGCGCGGGCGGCACACACACUGGUCACACUCCGGAGCCGACGUCACUUCUUCCAUACCAAGACCAAGAUUCUCCUCAUGAUCUGAUACACCCGCUCAACGGUCCGCAGCGACCAACCCGACUCUUCCAUCCACCCACCCCCCUCUCUACGGGCACUAGCUCCUGGCUCUCUCCCUCUCUCUCUCUCACUCUCGUCUCACCCCUUGCACAUCACCCGAUACUACAGGGCGCAUCUACUGAUCGACGUCCGGCAAUCUCAUGUCGCUCAACCUCAGGACCAUUUCCCCCUUGAAGCGGGCAUGGUACAAGUGGAAAGCCAUCAAGUUUCCAUGGCGUAAUAAGCUUCUUGUCGGCCUCGACCUAGCCGGCAAUGCCUACUAUCAGUUUCGCCCCACUCGCUCCACCAUCCGCUGGCGCCGAAUAGUUCAGUACCCAGGCGGUCGCAGCACACACUUCAGUGACGUCGCCGUUCCUCCCUCUUGGCACCAAUGGCUUCGAUACACGCGGGAGGACCCACCGACGAUAGAAGAGCAGGAGGCCGAAGUGGCUCGGCAGCAGAGGAUCAAAGUGCUGGCCAAGAUGGCGGACGAGAAAUGGGAGGCCAAGGCAAAGUACAUUCCGGAUUCGCCAGGGCAACCUUCAACCAGGACCAUUGGAAAGCCAGGCGAGGAAUAUGGGCAGCCGCUUCCGCCUCUGGUGGGAGAGGGUAUGAAGAAGAGCAGCCCCUACACAGAGGGGACAAGUGGGGGGGUUGUGAGCGGUGUUGAUGUUUUUGGGAGCGAAGAGGCGAAGCAGGCUGCAAAGGAAGAGCAGGAGAAGCCCAGGGCGACGGUCACGCAGACGGCCACGACUACUCCUACCAACACGAGCUCCGCCACAGCACAUGCGACGCCAGCAGACCAAACGAGCGGAGCAAGGGAACAUACCUGGGAUCAGAUGAUGAAGCAGCAGAAGCAGCACAAGAAAAAGGGUAUCGAUCCAUGGAAGCAGGCUCAGGCUAGUAAUCCCAGUGGGGAGUGGCAGCCCAAGGCGUGGGAUCCGACGGCGAGUUUGGGCAACAAGAAGGGGUGAUUUAGAUGCUUUCUUUGUCACUUGAGAAGUCAUGCAUUGGAACAAAAGGCGAAAGGGGCUCUGGAUGUUCCAGUCAUCCAGCCCUUCUAUGAGUCUAUGAGUUAUGGCGCAUGAUAUAAAAAAAAGAGGGGACACAGAUACCUCUGAGGGGGCACAGAGCCCUCCUGCCGACGACUGAAUUCAUUCCCGUCAUCUGAUAGCGUCCCAGUCGCUUUCAUUUCGACCCAAACAUGUGCAUAGUGUACCUAUUUCGUUCAAGCACGAUAGAGAGAGAGAUCGCGAGGUUGAGAACAUUGUUCAAACCCUCGCCUGGAAGCAGUUGUAGAGAAAAGAGUAGAGGAUCAUCACCACUAUAGAAUGCUCAAAAGAGUUGGCUAUUUCCCUUCUAUGGGUCUUGAGUUUACAUAGCCAUCUGAAAAGAAUAUGAAGUCGUGUAUUUUCUGUCACGGUGAAAAGAA